CAUUUGAUAACUCUAAGAUAAUUGAACCACAUACCAAAUUUACAAAUUAUGAAGAUUUUAAAGAGAGAACUUACGGACUAUUGCACGGCAAUACAUUACCUACGAAACCAAUUGAUCGUAUAUCACAGAAUAUGGCUAAACAAAAAUAUAUUAAUAUCGAAUUUUAUGAAGCCUGUUAUCCUAUCAGAGUGACCAUACCGAAAAAGUGUGGAUACAAAAAGGUUAUACGAAUUUGGGCACAAAACUCUGAUGAUGAAUGGUUUAUAUUAUGGGAUAAAGAAAAUCUGAACAGCUCUGUUCGGCGGGUUACAAUAUCAGGAUAUAUCGCGGAUUUACGGCCAUACGAUUUUAAGACCAAAAUGCUAAAAUUAGAAUGGGAAUACUCAGUAAGCUACAGGGCGCUAAAUGGUCAUGUAAUGCUUAUUGGCACAUCAGAAUUUAUUCUUCCUAGAAGUCCCAAAUGGAACCUAAUUUUUAAUACAACACCAGAUCGUGAAGAUCCACAUUUGGAUAUACUUCAACUUCAAGAGGACUUUGACGAAUAUUGCAUUAUUUGUAAAAGCGAUAUAAUAGAAAGUUUUCAUAAAAGUAAGCUUGGACACGAGCAAGUGUCUCAACAGAUGGCCCCUGAAGUGCCAUCUUUUAGGCAGGGAUAUUUGCAUCGCUUUUUAAAAAGUUAUUUGGAUUAUAAAAAGUGUGUGAAAGAUGUCAAACUUCCUUCAGAUGAAUCCAAAGAGAUAAUAUCUACUUGCAAUUUUUCAACGCUCUCU